AGCGCUAGCCCCCCCCCCCCCCCCCCGCAGCGAGGCCCACUGGCGUCAAGGAGACCUGGAGCAGCAGCGGCCUCCCCAGCACCACUGGGCAGCAUGAGCCGGUCAAGGCACGUGGGCAAGAUCCAGAAGCGCCUGGAAGACGUCAAGAGCCAGUGGGUCCGGCCGGCCAGGGCCGAUUUCAGCGACAACGAGAGCGCCCGGCUGGCCACAGACGCCCUCCUGGAUGGGGGUCCCGAGGCCUACUGGCAGGCGCUGGGCCAGGAAGGGGAGGUGGACUUCUUGUCCUCCGAGGAGGCCCAGUUCAUCCAGGCCCGGGCCAGGGAGCCGCCGGGUGCCCCCGAGCCCGCAGCAGGGGCAGAGGCAGGCGCCAGGGGACUGGACUCCUGCUCCCUGCCCUCGGGCACCUACUUCCCCGCGGCCUCCGAGGGCAGCGAGCCCACCCUGCUGCACACCUGGGCCUCAGCCCAGAAGCCCUACCUGAAGGAAAAAUCCAGCGCCACCGUCUAUUUCCAGAUGGACAAGCACAACAACAUCCGAGACCUCAUUCGUCGCUGCAUCACCCGGACCAGCCAGGUCCUGGCUAUCCUGAUGGAUGUGUUCACCGACGUGGAGAUCUUCUGUGACAUUCUAGAGGCGGCCAACAAGCGCGGGGUGUUUGUCUGUGUGCUCCUGGACCAGGGAGGUGUGAAGCUCUUCCAGGAGAUGUGUGACAAAGUCCAGAUCUCUGACAGCCACCUCAAGAACAUUUCCAUCCGGAGUGUGGAAGGAGAGGUGUACUGUGCCAAAUCAGGCCGGAAGUUCGCCGGCCAAAUCCAGGAGAAGUUCAUCAUCUCAGAUUGGAGAAAUGUCCUGUCGGGAUCGUACAGCUUCACCUGGCUCUGCGGACACGUCCACCGGAACAUCCUCUCCAAGUUCACGGGCCCGGCGGUGGAGCUGUUUGACGAGGAGUUCCGCCACCUAUACGCAUCCUCCAAGCCCGUGAUGGGCCCGAAGUCCCCCAGGCUGGGGGCACCCCUGCAGCCCAGGGCCGGCCGCAGCCCCCCGCCUGGCCACCUCAGUGGCAGCAGCAGCUCUGCCAGCGACCACACGUCCUCCAACCCUUUCAGCAGCCCGUCGACGGGCAGCAACCCCCAGAACCGGAAUGUGUCGGCGGCGUCGGGGCCCAGCAGUCCCCCGGCCCCCAACCCACCUCUGCCCGCCAGGCUUCAGCCCCACCAUGGCCCGUGGGGGGCCCUGAGCCCGCAGGCCCACUUCUCCCCGAGGCCCCAUGACGGCACAGCAGCUCCCUACAGCAACCUCAAUGCCUACAGGCCCACGCGGCUGCAGCUCGAGCAGCUUGGCUUGGUACCCAGGGUGGCCCACAUCUGGAGACCCUUUCUACAGGCCUCCCCUCACUUCUGAAGGGUCGCUUCCCCCAGCAGCCCUCCCCAGGGCCAGGGCUGGGCGUUCCGGGACUGUCCGGCCCAAGGACCCCACCUCAAGGACUAGCAGCUUUGAACUUUAGCUUUGAACUAAAAGUGCUUGGACAACA